AUGGACCUCACAUGGACCUCCUCAAGGAGGCCUUCCGAUGGCGUGAGCGUCACCGCGCUGUCGCGGCAUGGGCGACAGGAUUUGGUGAGCAUCACCCAGGCGAUCUCUCGUGGAGCUGUGCAGAGCUGGAGGGAUGUCUCACAGAUCUUGACCUUGCUGGCUUCGCUGAAUCUACGUUGUGACCAGGUUGUAUUUGGUGCUGCCUUAGGAACGCUUGCCAAGGAGAGAGAGUGGCACGAUGCGCUGGCCACCCUGGGCAUGAUGCGGAGCGCUGGGCUGCGCAGCAAUCUCAUCACUGAAAGUGCGACCGUCGGAGCCUGUGCCAAGAGUCUGAGAUGGUCUAGAGCCUGUGGAAUUUUGCACGUGAUGCGUCAAGCGCAAGUUCAGCCCAACACGAUCGCCUACAACUCAGCCAUCACCGCGUGUGGCGCCCGCAGCGGGAGCUGGUUUCGGGCCAUGCAGGUCUUCGAACAGCUGCGGCUGCUGGGGCUUCCUGCAGGGAACAUGUCUUACAACACGGUGAUCAGUGCCCUGGAGUACCGCCAACAAUGGCAAAGGGGCCUUAGCUUUCUGGAGGAACUCAUUCAGUGGAGACUCGGAAAGCUCAACUUUGCCACAGCCAAUGUGGUGAGUUUCAACUCUGCUUUGAGCUGCUGCCGAAAGGUCUCACAAUGGCAGCGAGGCCUCUUCUUGCUCAAGGUGCCAGGAGCAGAUGAUGUGACCUAUGGCACCGCAGUGAGUGCCUGUGAUCAUGCUUGGCAAUGGCGUUGGGCUUUGCAGCUGUUGGCUGAGGCAGAUGACAUUUGUCGGGUGGAUGUCAUGACCUUGAACUCAGCCAUGAGCGCCUGCGCGAAAGUGCAGCAGUGGCAGCCCUGCUUGGGACUGCUGAGUGACAUGCGACACAAAACUGUGCCAAGCAAGGUCAGCUUCACCACCGCCCUUGGAGCUUUGACCAGCGCUGAUACCAGAAGAAGUUACAUAGGCUUGCAGUUGCUGAUGGAGAUGAAGCAGCAGAGGAUCCAACCCAAUGCGCUGGGAUACAGCAUCGGCAUCGAAGCGUGUGAGUCUGCCGAUCUUCACCAAACGGUUCCAGAGCUUGUUGCUGGUGCAAGUGCUGCCGGUGCCACUGCCUGUGCUGCUGCAGCCGUGUCUUUCGAGGAAGAGGAUCGGCAUGGCGACCACGCAGGUCUUGCAAUUGUUGCCUCAGAUGCGCUGGCAUGGCAGGGAAGGCUGGAUCUCAUCCUUUGGCAAAAGAUCAGCCGCCAGCUUUGCCGACCCGCCGCGAGGAGGUUGGAUGAGCUCUGCAUUGAACCAACCGGGUCAGACAGCUUUCUACGAGAACCUCUAUUGGAGCGCCACAGCAGCCUGGGAGAAGCUCAUACCGCUGUGGUGCUGGAGAUGCUUUUUGCUGGCGCACAAUGGCCGUGUGCUCGCAGGAGCUCAUUGGACCUCAUCAAUGUUGCAGUCUCGCAGGACCCUGAAGUUGCUGCCCUGGUCAAUGGCGUGGCUGCCACGGCGAUCGUGGCUUGGUGCAGUGCGCAUCUCAAGGCGGAGAAUUCCCACAGCACUGUUCAGAGAGUGAUUGGAGCAGAGGCGGAGGCUGCUAGCAAUGCUUUGCAUCCAAUCUUCAUGGUGCACGACCGCUCCACACAUGCAGAGCGCGCCUUGCUGUUGCAGCUGUUGACUUUGGCGAGCAGUCUGCGGGAGAAAUGUGAAAUCAUGCCUACGCCUACGCCUGCAGAGUUGGUGCUGGACUUUUGUAUGUACAGAGAGGGGACUAGACGGACGUUUUCAUUGCUGCAGGCACAUUCAGCUGCACUAAAGCUUGAAGUGGAAGAGACGUCCGUGGCAUUGGAGGCAGCCCAGCAAGAAGCAGCGCUCUGGAAGGAGCGCGCAGAGGUCAUGCUAGGCCGACGCAAGGCAGUGAUGCAAGUUGCAGCCCGUUGGCAGGGAAACGAUGCAGCUUGGGAGUGGCUGAUGGAGCAGGGUCAAGGGGCACAAGAGCUGGACCUGCCCGAAGGAUCUGAGCUGCGCCUGCAAAACCGGGAGCUUUGCCUUUCGCUGCGACAGUUCAAGCAGGACUGUGAGCUUUUGGAAUCGGAGAACUUGAGUCUGAAAGAGGCUGUCGCAUGCAUGGAGGAGGAUUUGCACCGGGUGUCUGACCAGCAUGCCCGGCUGGUUGGGCAUGUGAAUCACCGUCAGAAGAUCCGUUACACCAUGAAGCUGAAGGAAGAAAUCAAUCGCCUUUGUGUCGAGCUGAAGAGAGCGCGACAGCGCAUCGUUCAGUUGGAGGUGUCCAAGGAGAGUGAAAGCCUUUUAGAUGCCCUGGCGUCCCUGGUUGGAACCCCUGUGCCGCGUAUGAAGCUGCGCCAAGGUCGCCCUGGCCUGGCGGCCAAGCUGCGCAAUCCAGUCCGGCCAAAGUCCAAAGGCGAGGACGAGGCCCUGCGGCUUGCCGAUGCAGAGCAGUUGUGCAUCUUGCAACAAAGCGCCUUGGAUCGGAUCAGCAUGGACUUUCAGCAUCUCAAGGCUCUCAUUGAGCGAACGGUGAUGCUGGCAGACACCGAGCGCCGGAAUGGCGUCGAAGGUGGCAACUUUGCCGCGUUGCUGCACCGGUUGCGAGAGAUCAUUGCCGCAAACCAUCGAACUCCGCAAGGUGCUAAUGCUGAGCUUGGUCCGCUGCCAGUUGCUCCCACCUCUAUCACCUGUGACGAUGACGACGUGGAGCUUGCUGAGGGGCAGGUGAUUUGUUAUGGGCAGAGAGAAGAAUGCAAGGAGCAAGAGCUGGAGUAA